UUUCACAAUGGCGCUGUACCACAAAAGUCCCUGAAGUCUAACAACAUGGCUGAUAUUUUACCCCGGCUGUGGUUUCCUCUCUCUGCCGCCGCCGCGACCACCGGAAUUAUUCUCUUGAUAAGAGAUUACGUACAUGGUGAGAGAUGCCCCAGCAAGGCUACUAUGGAAGGAAAGACAGUCAUCAUCACUGGUGCCAACAGUGGGAUAGGCAAGGAAACAGCAAAGGAGCUGUCUAAAAGAGGUGGUCGUGUUAUCAUGGCCUGCAGAAACAUGGACAAGUGCAAGGAGGCGCUUGAUGAACUGGUACAGGAGACAGGAAACAAGAACGUCCACUGUCAACACGUCGACCUCGCUUCCUUUGAAUCUGUUCGAAAGUUCGCCAAUAGAAUAAACAAGAGUGAGUCAAAGGUGGACGUGCUCAUUAACAACGCGGGGGUGAUGCGCUGCCCCCACUGGAAGACUGCUGAUGGCAAUGAAUGGCAGUUUCAAGUCAACUAUCUAAGUCAUUUCUUACUCACCAACUUGAUACUAGACAAACUGAAAGCUGCAGAGCAGGGCAGAAUCAUCAACACGUCCUCGAUAGCACACGGGCAUGGCAAGAUCAAGUUUGACGACAUCAACUCCAAGGACAAGUAUGACGACGUGGAAGCGUACUCACAGAGCAAACUGGCGCUGGUGUUGUUUUCACUUGAGUUGAGCAAUAGGCUGGAAGGUACAGGUGUCACAGCAAACACAGUGUACCCCGGUGUGACAAAAACCAACAUAGGCCAGCACAAACUAUCCAAAGUUGAUUCUGUGGUGACCAAACCGUUUAUGUGGUUCACGCUACGGGAGCCAGCACGGGCGGCACAGACGGGAAUAUAUCUGUCUGUCGCUCCAGAGGUGGCCGACAAAACAGGGAAAUACUGGAAGGACACGGUUGCUAUUAGACCUGCUCCUCAAGGCAAUAAUGAAGAAGUGGCCAAGAAGCUCUGGGACUUAAGCCUUAAGAUGACAGGACUGCCAGAAGAUAUGACAAGUAAUGACCAAAGCAAGGAGGAGAAAACAUCAUGAUGAUGAUUAUAUUAGACAUGAAUUCUAAACUAUAAUGCAGCAUGUUUUCUUUAAUCAGUCUGUUAUAAGAAAAAAGUACACUUUUCUAGUCAGGUAGCUAUAAUUGCUUUUAUUGCAUAGCUGUAAAGGGUUCAUUGAAACAAUGUUUGACAAAAAUUGUACAUAUCAGAAAUAAAGUAAGAUAUAAAAUCAAAUGUAGGAAGUUGGUAUCAACUGAAACUGAAAAAAAAACUUUUGAGCAUACUGGUCUCAUAAAUAAGCAAACUGGUUGUCAUUUUAAAAAAAAAUUGAUACCUACCCACAUUUACAGCUUGCAUAUUUUGUUUGGCACUGAUCAUAAACCAUCUUAUUGGAAAGGUUAUAUAUAUAUACAUGCAUAAUGAUGUUUCUUUGUGUAAAUUAAAAGAUACAUAAGACUUCACCACAAUGA